AUGGGUUUGUUUGGAGGGGGGGGGAUGGAGGGGAUGGUUAUGGUUGGUGGUUGGGUAUUGGAAAAUGGUGUUUGUGUUUUGGGUUGGGUUGGUGAUUUAUUUGUGGUUUUGUGGAGUGUUGGGUUUGGGUUGUGGGGGGGUGUGAUAAUUUGUCUAUUUUUGUGUUGGGAUUGUUGGGUUUUGUGGGUUUUGGGGGGUUUGGGAAGAAGGAAGAAGGAAGAAGGGAAGAAGAGGAAGAAGAGGAAGAAGAGGAAGAAGGAAGAAGGGGAAGAAGAGGAAGAAGGGAAGAAGAGGAAGAAGGGGAAGAAGAGGAAAAAGGGAAAGAAGAGGAAGAACAGGAAGAAGAGGAAGAAGGGGAAGAAGAGGAAGAAGAGGAAGAAGGGGAAGAAGAGGAAGAAGGGGAAGAAGAGGAAGAAGGGGAAGAAGAGGAAGAAGGGGAAGAAGGGAAAGAAGAGGAAGAAGGGGAAGAAGAGGAAGAAGUAA